CAGCGAAGCCUUGUCAUUUCACUUGACACACAACACAAUGUUAUAGCUAUCAUCACUGAGCUCUAGAUCACUCCAUUCAUGGAGCUCCACAAACUCGAAACCCCCAAAACUAACAGUGACCAAGUCGUCAUCAACAUGGAUAAUCAUCAGCAACAUCCAAACCCUAAACAAGAUCAUGCUUCUCAAGAACACCCUACCAGUACUCUCUCUCAAUCCCAUCCCGGAAACAGAACACUAAAACGUCUCAAUUUUUCCAAACCAAAGUCACGUUUUGAAGAGAUCAACUACCCCAUCCCCCAACCCAAACCAGCGUACAAUCCCAUCCCUGAAUCAGAUGAUCAACAGCCCUUGAAUUCGCAACCAGAAAACCCUACUAACUACUCAUCCACCGACGACGAUGACGACGAAUGGUUCGAAAACGGUGACGAGUACGGCUGUGACGACGCGGAUGAAGCCACCGGAAAGUAUAGGAAGAAGAGGAAGCGAAAGAUCAACAAGAGGGCUUUACUGGAAUGGACUUUGUUUCUCAUCAUCAUGACUUGCCUGAUAUGUUCUCUUACUAUUAAAUCUCUCAAGCACAAGAUUCAGUGGGGCCUAGAGAUCUGGAAAUGGUGCUUGCUGGUGAUGGUAAUCUUCUGUGGCCGUCUAGUCUCCGAAUGGGUAGUCCGGAUCAUCGUGUUUCUCAUUGAACGAAACUUCAUGUUGAGAGAGAAAGUACUCUACUUCGUGUACGGUCUUCGAAAGAGUUUCCAGAACUGCGUGUGGUUGGCACUAGUUUUGAUCGCGUGGACGAUUAUGUUCCAGGAGGCUCAUAACAAAAACAAAGUCCUCAAGAAGUUCUUCAGAGCUCUGAUCGCCAUCCUCGUCGGCGCGACCAUAUGGCUGCUAAAGAUAGUACUAGUUAAAGUUCUAGCGUCAUCGUUUCACGUCGCAGCUUUCUUUGACAGAAUGAAAGAGAGUGUUUUCCAUCACUACGUGUUGGAAGCACUCUCUGGGCCGCCGUUGGACGAGGACGAGAUGGAGCUGCCGGCGCGGAGGCAGUUGCAGGCGUCGAAGUCGAUGCCGGCGAGGCUAAGGUACGAGAAGUCUCAGCCGUUGAAGUCGAAGUCGAGGAAGGCCGGGGAUGGGGCGAGGAGGAUUGACAUUGAGAAGCUCAAGAGGCUGAGCAUGGAUGGGAGAGCGACGGCGUGGAGCGUGAAGAGGCUGGUGAGCUACGUCAUGUCGUCGGGGCUGUCGACGAUUUCGAGGACGGUGGACGAUUUUGCAAACGCCGAGUCUGAGAUUAGCAGCGAGUGGGAGGCUAGGACUUGUGCUCAGAGGAUAUUCAAGAAUGUUGCAAAGGAUGGGGCCAAAUACAUAGAAGAAGAAGACUUACUCAGAUUCUUGAAGAGAGACGAAGUGUACAUGAUUUUUCCUUUAUUUGGAGGAGCACUGGAAACUGGAAAAAUUACCAAGUCCUCGUUUCGAAAUUGGGUGGUUGUAUUACCAGGGGCCAUUCCUUUCCAGAUUACCUUCACAAGGCAAAUGGUGCAAGCGUACGUAGAGAGAAAAGCAUUGGCUCAUUCAUUGAACGAUACAAAGACAGCGGUUCGUCAACUACACAAACUAGCGAGUGCGAUUGUAGUAGUGAUCAUUUCUGUGGUGUCCCUCUUGGUGAUGGGUUUGGCCACAACCAAAGUCAUCUUCGUCGUCACUUCUCAACUCUUGCUCGUAGGUUUUGUGUUCCAAAAUAUGUGCAAAACUGUCUUUGAAUCCAUCAUCUUUGUCUUCCUCAUGCACCCUUUCGAUGUCGGAGAUCGUUGUGUCAUUGAGAACACUCAGAUGAUUGUGGAAGAGAUGAACAUAUUGACAACAGUGUUCUUGAGAUAUGACGGCGAGAAAAUAUAUUAUCCAAAUUCAGUUCUUCUGACGAAACCAAUAAGCAAUUUCAGAAGAAGCCCAGACAUGGCUGACGCUGUGGAAUUCACUAUUGACGCCUCUACCUCUUUGGACAAUAUCACUGCCCUCAAGAAGGCCAUUCAAGCGUACAUUGAGAGCAAACCGAAGUACUGGAAUCCAAAACACUCAGUGAUAGUGAAGGAGAUAGAGAACAUGGACAAGAUGAAGAUGGCUCUCUGCGUUCAACACACCAUUAACCACCAAAACUUUGCCGAGAGAAACGGCCGGCGAUCGGAGCUUUUGCUCGAACUGAAGAGGAUUUUCGAGAGCCUCGGCAUUAAGUAUCGUCUUCUUCCUCAAGAAGUUCAUCUCACACAGGUUAACCUUGGCAGCAACAAUAAUGGAGGCUUCUCAUUUUCAUCUUACUAAUAAUAUAUGUGCAAAUGUUUCUGAGUUAUUAUACAUAUGCUCACACAAGAAGGGAAUUUAUAACGAUGAUAUCAAUAAUAUGGUUUUGGAAUAUUCAAACACA